AUGACUCCCACAACCUCGGGCAUGGCCGCCGUCGCCUCGUGCUCCACAGGCGCGUUUGUUUACGAGUGCCCGGCCUCGGCUGGGGCCUGCACUGGCACCGCCCUCUGGGCGGCAUCGCCUGCUCCAUCGCCGGCUCCAGCCACUGACUCGCUGCUCGCCUCGUGGGACUCGAUAUCGUCCAAGGUCGUCGUCAUUGGCUCUUUCAGGGACUUCUCACCAUCGCCUCCCCUCCAAACCGUCAAGGCGAGCACCAUCGCUCUUGCUCCGUCGCCACCCGGGCCGACCUGGACUCAGAACACCGGCACUGUGUCCCAGAUAUCGGGCUCGUUCGAUCCGGCGUGGUGGGGCAACCCGCGGUCGAUCAAGGCGUCGAACGGCAAGAUGUAUGCCGCGGGCUCCACUGCGGUGGCGUCGACAAAGACUGCGUCGCUUGCAAGGUGCGAGGCUGACGGCACGUCAUGCGCCAUCAUCGAUGUGUACGCUGUGGCGUCGCGGGCGGCCCGGGGAAAGACAGGCACCCGGGUGGGCCUCGUUGACGACGUCACCAACUCGCGGAUCCUCGUGGUCGCCCUCGAUGACGAAUCGGGCGCCAGAGAGGUCGAGCUGUUCUCGGUCUCGUACGACCUGGCGACGGCGAAGCAUUGGGCAGCCUGCGGCCUCACGCUGUACGUGAUGGUGAGCGGAGCGUCGGAUCUGUAUGUGUACCGGACGACGCUGACGGGAACGGUGAUAGGCGUGGAUGACGCGGUGGCCAAGGUCUCACCUGCACCGUCGCCUGCGAUCCGGGUCGAUUCCGCACGCGGACAGGUUGUGAACGGCAAGCUUGUGAUGGUGACGGUCGAUGAUACAAUUAACAAGCCUGGAGUGUUUGUGUGUGAGCUCGACGUGAGCAGUUGCACGUACGACGCGUACACGGGAAGCGAGACCGUGUCAUCGUCGGCCAGGAAGACCGAAGUUGUGUUUGAUGUGGCGAGUCUGACGAUCCACGCGUUUGCGGCUGCGGGCUCGGGGCCGGCGCUGCAUCGGUACGCGAUCACAGGUGCGAUUCCGCCGCCUCCGCCGUCGCCGCCUCCUCCGUCGCCGCCUCCGUCACCACCGUUGCCUCAGCCCUCGCUUCCGCUCCUCAUCCCUACCCCCAACACCUUCCAGGCCACCUCGCCGCUCGCCGGCGGCAUCCAGAUCGACAUCCCUGUCUCGGGCCUGUCACACCUGUCCGCCAUCGUCAUCAAGCUCAACACCACGGACGGCGCCCUCUACAUCAACACCACAAUCACAUCGCCCGACACUAUUUCCUUCCUCACGCCCGCCAUUCCGCCUCGCUCCUCCUCAGUCUACCUCGUGUUCUCUGUCGAUGGAGCGAUUGUCGCCGAGUCCGACGUCCCGCUGCACCUGUACUAUUUUGCCGGGCCACCAGCCUGCAUUGCGCGCGGCACCGUCUGGCUCCGUGACGCAUGCCAGCCAUGCGUCCCGGGUGCGUUCUGCCCUGGCGGCGAUCGUAUGUGGCCGCUCGCCGGUCGAUGGUCGCACUCGGAGACCGAGCCGCCACUGGCCUGCGACAUGCCGCACGCCUGUGUCGGCGCUCUUGGCGCCGUCAGCGAUUAUCCACCGGCCUGGCACGCUCAUGGCGCGCGGAUGACUGAUCGAUGUCGACAUGGAUACACCGGGCGCGGUUGCAGCAACUGCCCGUCCGGCUUUUACUCGGCCUUUGGCGUCUGCCGCUCGUGCGGCGUCGAGUCGGCUGACCGCAUCGAGUUUGUGGCUCUCAGUGCUGUCGCCAUCCUCCUUCUCCUCAUCCUUGUCGUUGCUGUCACUGGGCUCUCGACGCCGAACCUAGUCAAGUCCGUCUCGACCAUCAUCACCCUUCAGACGCUCAUCAUGGUCUUGCGUGUCGGUAUUCGAUACUCUUUUGGCACAGCCAGCUGGGUCCUCACUCUCUCGCGCAUCCUCUCGGUCCUCCUGCUGGAGAUUGAGUUUGUCAAGCCCGGCUGCACCGUCGGCCGCAUCGCCUUUCUCGAUCUCUACUGGAUCACGAUGGGCCUCCUGCUGGUGACGCUCUUCCUCUUCUUUGUCGGCGUCUACUUGCGCGAGUACCGGCGCUGGUUCCUGCCUGCCGCCAUUGAGCCGGCCAAGCCGAGCGAGAGCUUGGAAGUGGACCACCGUCCCACGGCGCGGAUCAUGUUUGGCAAGCGCGACACACGCCUCUCGGUCCGCACCUUUCAGGCCAUGUACUGUCGCACGGAUCCCGCCAAGCGCGGCGAGUACUUUUUGGUGGUCGAGCCAGGAACGCGUUGCUUUGCCGGCGCACAUCUAACGGCGCUGCCGUUCUUGGUAGUCAUUGGUGCCGGCUACCUCAUCGGCGACGAUCCGCUCCCUCCGCUCUCAUCCGACUCGUACGAGCGAGUGGCAUCGGCAUCGACGCUCUCGCUCCAGUCGUUUUCGGACAAGUACGGCUUUCUCUUCCGCGGUGUCAAGGACGGUUACUACUGGCUGCGGCCAAUCCAGUUCUUCACCUCGCUUGUCUUUGCCGCCGAGUCGGUCUUUCUCGACGAUCCCGACGUCAAGAUCUUCUCGGCAGGCACCAACUUCAUCGUCAAUUUUGCGCUCGUUGGCAUCUUCUUGCCCUUUGUCCAGUCAUGGCAGAACGGCGUGGCCCUGGCCUCGGGCGUCGCUGCUUACGGUCAGAUCCUUUUGUUCCUCUACACCUUUGACAACAGGCUGUGGUUCUGGCUGGCCUGCGGCCUCCAGGCCACUUCACUACUUUGCGUCGCCAUCUACAACGCCAUCCGCUACCGCCAGAACAUUCAGCUGGCAGGCCUGAUGGUGGCCAGCGUCUGUGCGUCCGCCUCGUCCUCGAUCCGUCACCGCAUCGACAACAUGAGGACCCAUCUGCUCGCCGAACGCCGCAAGGCCGUUCUCGCCAACCGUGCCGAGCUCCUUCUCAACAACCAGUAUCGCACCUCUUUGAUCAAGGUCACUUCCAAUUUGCAGCUGGUCCUCGGCGACGAUCCGCUCCCUCCGCUCUCAUCCGACUCGGCAGUCCAUUUGGAGGCGGCCGUGGUGGCCCUUGUGGCCACACAAGCGCUGGCUGGCGGCAAAUCGUCGUCGGCGUCGGCAACCCUCGACUUGGCGUCGUCGGCCCUCGAGUCGGCAUCGUCGGCCCUCGAGUCGGCAUCUUCGGCCUCGACCUCGACCUCGACCCCGACCUCGACCUCGACCUCGACCUCGACCCCGACGUCGACGUCGACCCCGACCUCAACCUCGGCUUUGAUAUCUGCCUCCGCUCUCAAAAUGGACGUGUCGUCGGAAGAGACGGCCUCUACUGUGCACGACGCUCUGACGUUCUCGGUCUCACGAUUGGGCCUUCCGCAGGUCGUAGCUAGCCAGGCGCGUCGCACAGUGGCGGCCGCGGGUAUCAAGACGCUGGCCGCGCUCUCACAGUGGUCGCGGCACGAGCUCCAGGAGAUCGGCAUCAAGGGCGAGCUUGCGCGCCAGCUCGAGGACGAUGGCUUUGCUACGCCAGUCGUGACGGAGACUUACUCUCCAGCAGCUUGGGCCGACCUGCCGUCGCACGAGGUCGCCGCCAUCGAGCAGGCCGACAAGGAGCGACGCAACAGACUGCUCCUCGGCGUACGUCGCUAUCAGCGCAAAAAGGCAACUCAAGCCGCUCGCUACGCGCAUCGAGCCAACCGCAAGAACGGAAAGUAUCGUCGGGCGGCGAGUAUGCCCAUCGGUGUGUCGCCCCCACCCGCCCGCGAUCGUUAACGUCGCCGAAGAACCGUGAGCCGAGACAGGUGUCGCGGUAGAAUGAGCAAUCGAGCUGCGAGUGGCGUAGAUUGAACGCAUGGGCUCAUGCAGGAGCUGAACGGCGAGCAGAGUGCUUCGAUCGACGUCGCCGAGCCGUCGUCGUGACGCUUACCCGUAAACGUGCUGCACC